GUUCAGUGACCAAGUGGUGCAAGAAACAGGAACAAGAGAGGAGAGGGUACGAUAUCACAGAGGUUUAGUGGUCAAAACAGAGUCGGGAGCAGCACUUCAGGGACAAAACGAUAAGGAUUGUAUUCAAACACCGUCAGGACAACAGCUGGUGACCUGUCACCUUUCUAAAACUCUGUCGAGCUGCUCUCAGAUGGAUUAUGCUAUGAAGUCUCUCAGCCUUUUGACUCCGUCUUCCCUUUCCAAGUGUGUGACAGCCAGCGUGUCAGCCAGUGCUUCCAUGACCCAGCAGCUCCUGUCGGGUCGGGCUCCCCGGCCAAAGCCCUUCAGAGUCACAAAUGCCGACCGCAGUGUGAAGAAGGGCAUCAUGGCAGACAUGCUACAAGACCUGAUGGACAAGGUCCGUGACUCGUUGAAUGUACCGUGUAUCAGCGCGCUGGUGCUGGAUGAAGAUGGCACAGGCGUGGACACAGAGGAGUUCUUCCAGACGCUGCCUGAUAACACCGUCCUCAUGGUCCUGGAGAAAGGACAGAAGUGGACCCCACAUCCAAACAGCCCCUCCAGAGAUCAGCUCAGGGAGCACAGGCUGCUGCACCGGACAGAUGUGGCCAAGCUGACCUUUGACCUGUACAAGAACAACCCCAAGGAUUUCAUUGGCUGCCUGAAUGUGAAAGCAACCCUGUAUGGUGUUUAUACUGUGUCCUAUGACCUGCGCUGUUACGCUGCCAAAAAGAUGUUGAAGGAGGCUCUGCGAUGGACCAUCUUCUCCAUGCAGGCCACAGGCCACAUCCUGCUGGGCUCCUCCUGCUACAUCGAGCAGCUGCUGGAGGAGGAGGAGCGAGCGGAGAAGAGCCUGGCGCUGCCACAGGAAAGCAGGAUCAGGCAGCUGCAGAGCAUGCUGCUGGGAAAGAUGUACUGAUGAUGGACUCGGACUGACCACGGUGGAGUGGACAUAUUGUCCGCUCUUGUACUUAGCACUCAGAUGAAACAGGUGAUCUCUACCUGCUCAUGUCACUGUUUCCUGUGCAGCCUCUUCUCACAGUCACUUUCUUGCUCUGUUACAUUUUUUUGCGCCAUAUGUACUUAGAAGCCAACACCACAAGUUAUUCCUCAGAAAAAGCACUUUUACUCACCACUAUGUAAGUUUUUCCUAUGGAGAUGAAUAAAUAAAACUAACACCUUUUUAUUUUCCGUUCCUGAAAGUCCAUUUAAGUCUACUUACAUUAUGUCCACAAGUGGACUUAGAUGUGUAGAUGUGUAGUGUGAGCCCAUUAGACGGGCCUUUGUGUGUGUGUGUUUCCUUGUCACAGUCAGUGUAAUUGGCAACAGGUCCAGCUGUCUCUCCCACGCUUCCCUAAUUGUCCCCUGGCCUGCACUGUCCUGUCAGCUGCAGCCUGCCUCUGGCUCAGAAAACCAGAGGAGGAGAAGGGGAAAGAGCAAGCAGCUGCAAGGGGACGGAAGCAAACCAUUAUACUGAGAGAGAGAGAGAGGCUUCAGCUGGCGGCAGAAGUGCCACUCUUAUCAUCUUGUCGAGGAAGGUGGCAGCAAGAAGCUGGACAGAUUCUAACCAAAUUGGAUGUCUGAUAUAUCCCGAAGAGGUAAUGUCUGAGAUAAAGGUUCAGUAGGUCAAGAGUUGGUGGAUCACUGUGGUCCACAUUACUGUCUUGUGACUCACUAGUUUCUUUGCUUUUUUGUCAUUCAGUUCAUGUUCACAUGAAAUUCAAUAGUAAAAAUACAAUAAUACAGCUGAAGGACACAGAUGUUGUUUAAAUGUAAUUAGACAAUGACUCACGGGAUAAUUAAAACAUUUUUC